ACUUCGUUCAAGAAAUUCUACCACACUGAGUAAACUUGUUCCGAAUGCAUGUUUUGCCCUGAUUUAAUUUAUCUCUCAAGUCUUUUGAGAGGGUGGAUACACUUUUGAGGAUAUUAAUAACAUUGAAGUUCACAGACGAAAACGAGGUUUCAGAAGUGCCAACCUACCCGCGUGUGUUAGGUGUUUGUGGUGUGUGGAUAUUAUGUAUGCCAAUAUUAUGUUGUUUUUAGCGUGAAGUAUGCUUGCUGUUGAAAUGGCAAUUCAGAACAGGGCGUAUGAAAUGAAUAACAUUAAAUAAGACAUACAUUUUAAUGUUUAAGAUAUUAGAAGCGCAAAAGAAGUUACUCUUCUAUUCUACGUCAGAUAGGAGUCACAAUGUGAAAAGACGUGUCACUCAGAUAUUUCUAUUUCGUUUACCAUGAAGCAUCUACGGAAACUAUUUGGUGUAUACCGUGCAGUUCUGUAUACUCACCCAGUGUACACACAAGCGUUGCAGUCUAGUUUCCUUAUGGGGGUAGGAGAUGUGCUGUCUCAAACUGUCUUUGAGGACAAAGGAAUUAAGAAUAUUGAUAAAGGACGUGUUAUCAGGUUCGCUGGUAUUGGAUUCUUUUUUAUGGGUCCAGCUCUACAGUUAUGGUAUAUGCGAUUAGCAAAAUUCAAAGCAAAGUCUUCGUAUGUUCAGACUGCAAAGAAAGUAGCUGCUGAUCAGCUGGUUGCAGCCCCAGUAAUCCUCUGUACUGUCAUGUCAUCUGUUUCCUUGAUGGAAGGACAUAAUGUUGAACAAACUAAGGAAAAGCUGAAGAAUGACUACUUUGAGGUCCUUCUUACCAACUACAAGGUUUGGCCGUUGGUACAGUUCUUGAAUUUCUCUCUUGUCCCUGUGAACUUUCAAGUGCUUCUUGUCCAAGCAGUCGCGAUAUUCUGGAACUCUUACCUUUCAUUUAAAUCACACAAGAACUACGAAGAAAGACAAGAUACAUGAGCCCAGAAGCUCUGUGAUUACGUAAGUAAGAUAUAGUGAUAAGACGCCAGUAAAAGCUGCAGUCUUCGGUCUGUAAAAUAUGUAAGAUAUUCAGAAUUGUUCUAAGAUUAGUCGUGUGGUAAUGCAGUUAUCAAGUAAUUCAGGAUCUGUGUGGAAUCUGAGGUUUUCAUAGUGGUGAAGAUGAUGAUGUUGAUCUUCUGGGUUUGGGUGCCAUGUAGACUUGUCAGUGUAUGUCAGUUUUUCAGAGAAAUAUGCUGUCUUCAUCUUCAGGGCUGAGGACUUCAGCACUGAAACAUGGAAACAGCAUGUUGCUAUGAAACAGUGGCCUCUACCAGUGGUGCAUGGUGCCAGAUCGUCUUACAACAACAGAAUCAUAACCCGCUAUCUGUGUCUUACCUUUACCUCAAAUGCUGGAUGUCAUACAAUGAUUCAUGGUAUAAUUAUUUUUCAGGUGGAAUAUUAAUGUUUGUUUUGUUUGUCUAGUCCGAUUUGAUGUUCUCGCAGUGGUGAAUAUGUCAGUUAUAGUCUUUUGAGUUUUGACGCUGUAUUUUCUUGUGAGUAGUUAUGAAAUUUAAAAGGAAUGUGCCACCUCCAUCUUCAGAUUGAAUCCUGUGAAAUGUUGGAAAACCUACAUACAGCAUGAAGCCCCAAAGACCCCAGUUGACUUGUUUAUGUGAUAUCUGUGACUGUCAUUACAGUUUUACCCCAUUUACACAUUGUGAGUAUUAAAUAAAUAACUUUUUACAAUUUCAGUAGUCACUGCUGUGAGAGGCAUAUCUGCCAUUUUCGAUUUAUUUAACUCUAAUAGGAGAAGAAAAAUGGAAAUUUAAGUAUAUAAUAUUAUGUUCAACCACUAACAGUUUAUAAUGCUGUUUACAAAGAUUUAUAAAGUUGAUUUUAAGUAUAGUAUAAUGAAAUACACAGAAGUAAAUCUGCCAUAAUGUUUAUAGCUUGGUUUGCUGUCAGUAUUUAAAUUAUAGUAUUUAAAUAUUAAAAUUAUAAGUAUUAUGUUCAGCUUUAACAAAGUUGUUUGUGAAACCAGGGUAAGUGGUCUGGGAAAUGACUAGUACACCAUACAGGUAGGCCCUGAUUUACACCAGGGUUACGUUCCACCUCCUCAGGGUCACUAGCUGAAGCGUCGUAAAUCGAGGAAGAAUUAUAAUGCAUUGUACUGGCGGACGAGGAGAAAGCAACUGACGCCGACACUAGCACCGCCUUGGUACCCACUUCCUGUGCUGCGUUUAUGCUUGAGUUUUUAAAUUUUCUUCUUAUAUUUGUUUUCAUUUAUUUUUUCAUUAUUAUUUUUAAUGUGAAACAGUGUAAAAUGAAGCGUUGUGAAGCAGGGCCUACCUGUAUUUACUUGUGUAGGAUCUGAACCAUUGUGCUGCCAUUGUGCCAUAAAAAUGCAAUUUAUCCAACAAAAUUUCAUGAUUUACACAGUCAAAAGCUUUUGCUAAAUCACAGAAAAUUCCUCCAACAUGCAUUUUUUGGUUAACAGAUUUUUAGCACAUUGUCUGUUAGUUUGAAAGCUGCAUCUUCAGUGGAUACACCUUUCCUGAAGCCAAAUUGUUCCGGGACUAAUAUGUUGUUAGCGUGUAUAUGAUGACUCAAUCUAUUGUACAUAAUUUUCUCAAGCACUUUAGAAAAAGAAGUUAAAAGUGUAAUUGGCCUGUAAUUUGUCAUACUGGUUUUGUCCCCUUUCUUGUACAGUGGUCGUACUACUGAUAUUUUAAGGCGGUCCGGGAAAAUGCCUAUGUAUAAUGAGUGAUUACAAAUGUGAGUUAAUGGACGACUAAUUAAAGCUGAACAAGCUUUCAAAAUUUUACUUGUUAUCAUCAUAACCUGAUGAAUUUUUUGAUUUGAGGGAAUUUAUUACACUUUUCACCUCAGUUUCGGUGGUUGGAAUGAUAUUAAGGCCAAAAUUUUUUACAGGAAAUGCAGCUUUUAAAAUGGAAACAGCAUAUUCUGUCUCUGUUUGAUUUAAAUGUAAGCUUUCUGUAAUUGUUAGAAAACACUUAUUGAAGGCAUUAGCCACUGUUCCAGGAUCCUUUACUUUUUCAUUGUUUAUUAGAAGAGAUGGCAUCUGUUCUGAAAAAUGUAUUUUUCCUGUCUCCCUUUUUAUUAUGUUCCAUGUUGUUUUUAUUUUAUUGUCUGAAUUUGCUAUAAGUCUACUGUAAUGCUGCUUUUUAGCCUCUUUUAUAACAUUAUUCAGAAUUUUACAAUACUGAACAUAAAAUGCUCUUGCAUUUGGGUCUUUACUUUUCCUACUGUAGAUAAACAGACUCCUUUUAUUCUUGCCAGAUACAUUUAUUCCUUGCAUAAUCCAGUCAUUGUUUAUUUUGCCUAUAGUUUCAUAUGUAAUAGGAAAACUAGCUUCAAAAAUAUUUAUAAAAGUACACAAAAAUGAGUCAAACUUUUUGUUGGUAUCACUGACUUCAUAAACAGAUUCCCAUGUUUCAUUCUUCAGAAGAAGCUGAAACUGCAUGAUGGUUUCACAGGCACAGUUUCUGCCAGCUGAGGAACCCUUGUAUCCCUCUCUAGUUUGCCGGUGGAAUGUGUCCACGAGUACACAUCCCUUGCUGUCAUAACCUGAUGACCUGUGUCAUAAAAUUAAUUGCCAAGUAAGAGUAUGUUACCAGAUAUAGUCACUUCUGCAAGCACUUGAGCCCUCUCUACAGAAGCUACCUCGCAAGACGGAAUGUUAGGAAGUUGAUGAAGUGCUCUGAAUGGUGAGAGCAGUAUUGGUCAAAGUCACUAUGUAAUGCAGUUUCAUAGAUGUAAUUCAGUUGUGUGGUGCUGUUAAAAUAAGCUAUUUAUUAACUAUUAAAUGUGUCAGUACAAUCCCAAGGCCAAGAGCAUACCAAAAACAGUCACCAAGAUAUAUUCAGAAGCGUUGUGACAUCAAUUUUGUGCAUAAUGUUAAACAUUCCCAGUAUUCUAUCGUAUUUGGCUGAUUUUGCACAAAUAGAUGGGUUACAUUUUCCGAGAUAUGUGGUUAUGAAAUCGUUUGGCAAGUGUUUCACAAUGCAUUUCGUUAUUGAUAGAUGUAGCAAGCAAUAGUUUCGAUGUAUUUACGAUUUCUUGUGAAUUUCAAAUACUCCCGCAUCGUCCACAACACGUGGGUUUCCUUCCAGUUUGUGAGGUUGGCGUGCCUGUCUACAAACAAAAUGGCUUAUUUUCGUGUGUUGUCUGGUGGAAGCCAUGUGAUGAAAUUAGCUGCGUUCGUACAUCAGGAUUUUGUUACUAUGUGCAAGGAUACCAGUCAUGGCAACAUCAUGACCGUUCUGUUUGACAAGGCUGGGGUGAAGUGCCAGAAUCAUAAUGGCCACUGUUAGAUGGCCUGUUCCAGAACCUGAAUUUUACAUACAGCAGCGCCAAACAGCAUUUUCUUUCAAUGAAAUUGCACUUUAUUGUAUCAGCAAUUCUCUGAACUAAAUGCCACUCAAAAGUGUAA